GCGCGGCGGCGGGCCCUGCCGGUGGCCCCGCGGGUCGCCUAGCGACGGGAGGCGGCUCCUGGAGUCGCACCGCAGCCCCCUGCGCUGCCCGCCGCAGCCCCCCCCGCCCGGCCGCGGGUGCGAAGUUUUGCCCCCUUGAAUGAGGGGCUCUCCCUGGGAAGACCUUGCGGCCACUGAUAUCACCUGGAAAGAAGACGUCAUCGGUGAUCAACAGGGUACGACUCCAGCAACAUAAACCAAACCAUCACCAUGAAACACUUCCUGAGGACUUCUGCAAGCAAGUAUUCCUUUUUAUAAAGAACAACCCUUUGAAAACCAAACUUGUGUUACUUUUUGUCAUUCAUGUUACUAAUGGAAGAUUUCAACUGUAAGCUUGAGAUGGAUGAGUAGUAGAAAACUGAAGGAUGUUUCUCCAGGUAUGCCUGUACUUCUACUGCAAAUGCUUGUGGCGCUGCCUGAAAUUUGUGGUCAGGAAACUAACAGGUCAAUGUGAAUUGCAAAGGAUCUGUUACAAUACCAAACCUGGAGCUGCCCGAACUAUGAAAAUAGAGGCGUCACUGAAAGGUUCAAAAAGUAAGCGGCUGCAAACUUCAGUAAGUGUUCACCCUGAUGCUAUUGAGAAAACGAUAGAUGACAUCAUGGAACUGAAAAGGAUUAAUCCAGAUAUAAAUCCACAGUUGGCAGUAUCUCUUCAGGCAUGCCUGCUGCAGAUUGUGGGGUACAGAAAUCUGAUUGCAGAGGUUGAAAAGCUGCGCAGAGAGCCAUAUGAUUCAGAGAAUCCGCAACAUGAGGAAAUGCUUGUGAAGUUGUGGAAAUGCUUGAAGCCCAAUUCCCCACUGAAAGCUCGGAUUUCAAAGCAGUGGUGUGAAAUUGGUUUCCAAGGUGAUGAUCCUAAAACAGACUUUAGAGGGAUGGGUCUCCUGGGAUUAUAUAACUUGGUGUAUUUUGCAGAAUGGGACACUGAGGUAGCUCAGGAAGUUCUCUGUGAUUCUCUUCAGCCUAAAUACAGGGAAGUCACUAAGAAGGAACUAAGCCAAUACAGCAAAGCUGAAUGGGAGAAGAAAAAGUUUGAUAAGGCAAUUGGCUAUUCCUUUGCUAUUGUGGGCAUUAACAUAACAGACCUGGCAUACAACCUGCUUGUGAGUGGAGCUCUGAAGACCCAUUUCUACAAUGUUGCUCCAGAAGCACCAACACUAACUCACUUUCAGCAGACAUUCUGCUACCUAAUGCAUGAAUUCCACAAAUUCUGGAUUGAAGAGGAUCCACUGGAUAUAAUGGAGUUCAAUCGUGUCAGAGAGAAAUUUCACAAGCGAAUCUUGAAACAGCUCCAGAACCCAGAGAUGGCUCUGUGCCCUCAUUUUGCUGCAUCAGAAAGUUUAAUCAAUAUGUAGUUACUCACUGGAUUUUAUUUGGAAACACUGUCUCACUCUUGUGUUAGAUCACUGUUUAGACCAUUGCUAGCAUACUGAAUGACCAUGAUGAUUGUAUGCAUGUUUCCGGUGCGGUAUUCAUCUAUCUUUGUCACACGUACUAGGUCCCCUUCUGCUUCUCUUGUUGGGGAUUUGUCAUUUUAAAUGGGUGCUCAUAUUGCCUCAUUAUUGCAGUGUUACAUUCUGGAUCGAUGUCCAGCUAUCGGAGGUUUUUCUAUUUUUUUUAGACUUUCCUCAUAAUUCAGCAUUGACAGUUGAAUUGUAUUUCUCUAGCUGUGUUUUUGUAUAUGUGGAAAAAGUAGCUGGAUCUUGUAUUGUGAAAGCUUUUUAACUUCUUGGUAUGUUUUAAGAUAACUACUGGCAUUUCAAGUGAAAUACAUGUUUGGACCUCAUCUAGAAGAUAAUGUGUGUAAUUUAAUCUGAUGCAGGCGAACACAUUAAAGUCCAAUUUUCUCCAUGCAGCCAUUAUAUGCUUAAUGCAGAAUUAAUGAGGCUUAUGAGAUACAAGUUUCAGUGAGAAGAGUUUAUGCAGAAUUACAAUCAGACUCCACAGCUGCAUGAAUACCAAAUGGUCUGGUGAUGCUAAUACAUUCACAGUGAACUACAAACAGAGUCACAACUACUGCAUCCUGGCAGCGGCCAAAAAUUGUAUCAUGAGACUGUUGUCACCACCACGCUGAAGCAUGGUCUAAAUUCCUGCACAUUCCUUUGAAUAUACAGGGUUUACUAUUUUGUUGCAUGUUGGAAGGCAACAUGAUUUGGUCACAUUCUGCUUAGUGAAUUCAGGGGGGAAAAAAUCUGUAUAUUUUUUUGAACUACUGAAAAUGUUGCUUUGGUUGUCAAUUCAGCUCCUAAGAACUGGGAGGAAUAAUUAAUUAGAAGGUUUAAAGCAAAACCAUGUGAGUUUCCCAGACUACUUAUAAAAAAAAAAUAUAAAAUGGCAGACUGGCUUUUUUCUAAAAACAUAAAUGAGUAUAAGUGUCUGACACUGAGAUUGUGUGGUAUAUUGAACAGCAUCUACCAUGGCAUUUCAUACCCAUGGUAUUUUUUACCUUCUAAGCAAUCAAUUUUAGUAUUAUAUGUUUGUGUAAAUCACUUGCAUAUGGAGAUUAAAUUGAGUAGUGUCCAACUACUUGUGAAUUAUAUGAAUAAAUUAUAUGUCAUUCUAAA